CUGACCAAAGGUUUUUUUAUGUUCUGUCUACAGGGACGCGUCAGGACAAAGACGGUGAAAAAGGCCGCACGGGUCAUCAUUGAGAAGUACUACACCCGUCUGGGCAAUGACUUCCACACAAACAAAAGGGUGUGUGAGGAGAUUGCCAUCAUCCCCAGCAAGAAACUGCGGAACAAGAUUGCAGGGUAUGUCACCCAUUUGAUGAAGCGCAUCCAGAGAGGCCCCGUCCGAGGCAUCUCCAUCAAACUGCAGGAGGAGGAGAGAGAGAGGAGGGACAACUAUGUUCCUGAGGUCUCUGCCUUGGACCAGGAGAUCAUUGAGGUGGAUCCUGACACAAAGGAGAUGCUGAAGUUGCUGGACUUUGGCAGCCUGUCCAACUUGCAGGUCACCCAGCCCACUGUUGGAAUGAACUUCAAAACACCCAGAGGAGUGUGAAUAUUUGUCAUAUACCCCUCAAUAAAGAAAGGAAAAAAAUAAACCUGUGUUUUUGUUGUACAAAAUAA